UCCACAUGUCUGAAUUAUUCAAAAUGGACGUGAGCAAGGCGCUUACUAAUAAAAACCAAGCAUUUGGGAUUCAGUCACUUUUAUGUUUUGUCGUUUUAUCUUUGGCAUGGCUAGUUGGGUUUGCAAGUCGUUUGUUUGCAGUUAUCCGUUUUGAAAGCAUUAUUCAUGAAUUUGAUCCUUGGUGAGUUGAAAUUUCAUUUUAUAGACUGCAUGAAUUGCCUGAUGCCUUUGUUUGCAAAUUAUAGUAUUAUAUUCAUAGGGCAUAGAGAUAGUAUAGCCCGUAUAUAUACUGCAUAUUUUCUGAAUAUGUUCUGUUAUUGUUGGACUGCAAAAUAAUUAAAGAAAUUUGUUGAGAAAAUUGUUUAUUUCAUGGGUCAUUUGUGAUCAAAGUUAAACAAUAAUGCAAACUAUAUUAAAACUCGAUCUGGCCCCCAAGAAUGUUUAUAUAAACAAGUCUCGCUGUUAUAAACGUCAGCAUGGAGAAAAUAAAAACACUUUUUCGAGUUUUCAUGGAAGGUCCAUCAUAACAGUUAAGGAAGAGCCUUCAUUCUAAAUGCAAAAUGCCUGCUGAAAAUAAAAUUAAUUUAGCUUUCAAUAUAUAAAAUAGGAAGUGGUUAUUAGUGGAUUGGAAACCAAUGAACUUUGGCUAUUUGUCUAAAAUUAAUUUGAUUGGUUCAUUUCUUCGUUCUGUCAGCUUGCUAAAAUGACAUCAAGUAAAUUUCAUUAAUUUCAAGCAAAUCCUCGGCAGCCGAGUGGUUACUGUACUUGCCUUAUACAUGCUAGCUCUGUGGAUCUGCCAGUGAGCAGAUGGCUUGAUGAGUCCGGGUUAGGCUUCAGAUGAUCUUCCACAUGCACAACAAAAAGCACAGUGUGGAGAAACAUUUUGUCUUUUAGGCUGACUACCAGGGUGCAUUCCAUGUAAAUUUUACUGUAGAUUGAGAUGCACCAAAUUUUCAAUUGGCCAUUGACGCUACUGCUGCUAGCAAUGACACUCGCUGUGGAAACUUUAUUUCAUACAAUUAAGAUCAGUUGCCCACUUUUGAUGUCUCUGCAUUUUUACUAUUAAAUCUGAAAAAUUGGCACAUAAUUAUCCGGCUGCUUUAUUCCUUUGCCCAAAAAACUGACAUUGAUUAGGAGAAGCAGGGUGGCAAUUUAUAAAUCUCACAUACACAUGAAAAAUGUACUAAAUAUGUAAUAUAUAAAGCAUGAGCAGCCAAUCUCUAUCUUAUUUACAAGCGAGCCAUACACUAGUAUAGAUCAGGUACAGAUUGGAUGCUCAUGCUGUAUAGUAUAUUACUUAAAAUACAAAUGCAUUUAAAGCCAUCCAAUCUUUACCAACUGUUUUGACAAUAUGACUUGUUUUAAUCUCUAUCAAAUUUACAGAUAAACAUAACAUAAACAUGACUUUUUAAUGAGACCUGCACUUGUGGGUUACAUUAACCAGGAAACAUUGAGACUACUGCACACUACAAUCAGUUUACAGCAACCGAUGACACUUGCAAAACAUACCUGUGUAUAGCAAGCUCACUGAUACUACAGACUCUCCCCCCAUCCAUUUACUGCAAUUAGCAAGCGUACCUCCCAGAUGUACUGCAGAAUUAUCCCACAUGAGUGAUGGAAUCAGGCCUCGAAAUAAAUCUGGACGUUAUAACAGUCAUUAUGACCGGUGGAUCACUAAAUUUACCGGUCAUAGCGGAAUUUAUGCCGGUCAUUGUCACUCCUUAGCUUCUUUUUUCCCCUCAUCUUUCGUGUGACUCGUAACUUUAGAAACAAUUGUAUAGUUUAUCAAAGCUGUAGUAGUAAUCAUAAUAAUUAUGACUAAUAACAUUAACAUUGUUUACUAGCAAAUUAAUAUAAGUCACAAAUGACAACUGUAGUUUAAGUUGCGAGCAUGCUUUAAGGCUGCAUUCCAGUUACGCGUUUUUUAUAUGUAUGUAAAAGUUGAAAUAGCUUUACAUCCUACUUAUGAAAUAACUAAAUUAUAAAAGGCCAGCAUUCAGUUUUGUGUGUGAUUUAAUGUGUAUUUGACUGUUUGUUAAGGUUAUUUGCACUUAUAUGAAAUUUUAAAAGAUUUAAACUUUUCCGUUGCACAUGUAAAAACGCGUAACUGGAAAACAACCCUCAAACACAAUGCCUCCGGUAUAUCAUAUCUGUAUGACAAAAUGUGUCACUUCGCCGACCUUAUUAGCCUGCACCGUAGACGAACAUACAGUACACUUCUUUGGAACAUUGGAAAUCAAGAAUCUGCUCCAUUUUUUAACGUACUUUUUCAUUAAAAAAUUUACCGGUCACACAUGUCCACCAGGCGACGAUAUUUGCCUGUCAAACUGUGAAAUUUUACCGGUCAUUGACCGGUGACCAGCACUUAUAUCGAGGCCUGGAUGGAAUGACUAACCUAAAAUGGGAUGGGCAGGUAAGAAUUGAGAAAAUAUGUUGACUUCUGGAAGUGUUGCAGUCAAAGAGCUAACAUUGAGAAACUCAUGGUCUAACUAAUGUACAGUAAAAGCCAUUGGUGGGUAUUACUGCAUAAUUGAAUAAUAUAAAUACAUAAUAGACAUAUGCAGGCUUGUGCUUGAUCUCAAUUGCAUAAAAUCAUUUAAAAAUCAUCAAGUCAUUUUGUCUAAGAAUGCAAGUUCCUUUUCCAGCUUCCCUGCCUCAUAUUUGAGAUACUGCAGUUCUUUUAUGUUUUGGAAAUUUGACGUUCAAGUGCCUCAAUUGGAGAACAGCUGUCCAUAACUGCAGCUGUUUAUCAUAUGUAUUUGUUUCAUUGUUCAAAGGAUUCUGUCAUAGCCAUAGGCUGUUGUAAAAAUAAUAAAAACCGAUAUCAAUGAAAAUAGAAAUACUUUAACUUAUAUAGUUAUUUUUUGGUAUUUUUUAAUUUACACUAUUCCACUAUUUGGCACAUAGUAAUAUGCUUGACGUAAUAGUAACUUUCAUAAUCUCUUUAUUCUGUUUUUAUAUUAGAAGAAAUGUGGUGAAUAAUAAAACUUUGUUGAUUUUGUAGUUGAGUUUUUUUUUCUUGUUUAUUCUAUAUUGCUGGGUUAAUUUUAACUCUGCUAUAAUUGUUAUUCUACUGUAACACAAGGACUAGCCUGCCCUUGCAGCAAUAAUAGAGAGCUUAAGCUUCGCGUUCAACGACAAACGUCAGGCAAAGAAAAAUUUUACGCUAUGUACAGUAAAGCAAUAAGAAGUAAAUGGGCUUGUUGUUUUAUAUCUAGAAUGCUUAACUAUUCCUGUGUUGUAUGAAAGAAAAGAUGACACGCAGAAAUCGAAUGAAAAUUAUGCCAAGAAAAGUCGGCAUUGCCGUUUGCCGUCCCUGCAAACGUGAAGCUUAAAAUCCCUAUUACAUAGCAGAGUCCUGCAGGCUGCUCCAUUUACUGUUCAGAGUACUACUCAUUGUACUACUAGAAUCGAACCACAGAGUAGAGAUAUACAGAGAGGAAACAGACACCUCGAUAACCUGAAUUUUUGUGUCACGCGUUCCACGCAGGUUCCACGCGCCACGCAAAAUCUUCCAGCCAGUGCCGUCGCUGAAAUUUCAUAGCAAAAGAUAGGGAAAACGCCGUUCGAAAGGUGAAAAUCGCUUUUUUAAAAAAAAUGAGAUACUCAUGAAAUUUUGUUCAAUAAAUUAUUGUAGAAAAAAAACGGUAAGCGAUCACUUUUAUUGAUUUCCUUUUAUUAAAAGUGUUAACAUAACAUUUUAUUUUGCAAAAGUUUGUUUUUUUCCCUAUCUACUCCUUAUUAAAAUCGUGAAAAGCACUGGCUGGAGUGGCUGGGAAUUUCAGAUGCUUUAUGUAUAAAAAACAAAGCAGCAAAUGAUAUAAAUUCCUCAAAAUAUAACUCUCGCAUAAAAAAAAACAUGUUUACUUCUAUAAUAUGUAUAGUUUUUUCCUCUGCAUGAUCAAAAUUUAAUAAAAUAGUGAAUUAAUAUAAUUUUGUAUAGUUAAUAGACUGAAUAUAUCGGCGUGACACAAUUUGCCGCGUGCUUCCUUUCUGUAUAUCUCUUCUCUGUGAUCGAACUGAGCGCAGUCACAUGACUGUUCUGGCUGCCCUAGCUACCAGAACAGUCAUGCGACCCUUUUCAGAUUGAUUCUAUUUGUGUUCCGAAAAUCCGGAUUACUCCGUGUUAACAGUACAUGUAAAUGGAGCAGCCAAUUGCAUUUACUACGCUACAAUACGGUUGAUGUGUAAAACAGCUUUAACAGAAGAAUUCCAAUUCAGCUAUACAGAAGCUAGUUGGCAAUAAACUUUGAUAUUUUUUAUUUCGCGCCAAGCUGUAACCGCAAGUUCAUGUAUGUAUAGAUUUCCGGGUGUGCAGGUUGUGAUAAGGUGAACUUGAAAGACGUGUUUUGCACUCCACUUGAUUGAACAAGAAUGCUGGGUUUGGUGGAUAAUCUAAGUGAGCAUACAUAUAUAUUCACAAAAGAAUCCCCAUUCAAUCUAUUUUAAGUUAAACUAGGGAAACUUUUGAAACAAGUGUUUGCAAGUGCGAUUUAUUUUACAAAAGCAUCUCGAUUUAUUCAUUUGACAUCUCGAUAUAUAGAUUUUUUUAUAUAAACAUACUGUAUUUAGGCAUUUUCUUAUCAUGGGAGAUUAUGUGAAAAUAUUUACAACUUUUUAUAAAAAUAGGUAGUUAGAAAUGAAGAAAAAAUUGGAAAAGCAUUGUCAAUGGACCUUUAGACAAAAAUUUCAAUUACACGAUAGAGAAUAAAAAAGCCAUGGAACCGAUUGGUAUUAAGCAUGAGCAGGGCUGGGAUUUUAUCGCGGCAACGCCGUAGUUCGAGAAGAAAAUGCUGUGGAUCACUGUGAACAACGGGGUUUUUUGUCGUAGUGUAAAUUUUUUGGGAAUUCCUUGUUUGCAAAGACGUAAUUUUGGGAUUUCAGUUGACGGGCAGGUAAAACAAAAAACGGCUAUUUUAAUAUAUUGAUCGAGUUUAGAGACAGUUUAAGGUGGCUCGAUACAGUUUUCAAAAAUUCAGGUGUUCAACACUUUGAAAUGUUCAAACUAUGCAUUUUUAGAAUAUAUUCAGCAGAUAUUGGGUUUUUUAUAUAUUUCGAUAUCUCUACUUUCAAAUGAUAUUAGUUUUAGUAACAGCUAGUUCGUUGCUAUGACGACAUACGUGUACAAAAUACACUCCAAAAUGGCCUAUCGUCUCGUAUAGUUAGAAAAGAAGCAUGGUGACCCCCAAUUUUUUUCUUGCAUUAUUGUACUUGGACGAAAAGCUAACAAUUAGCAAAAUAUAAAAAAAUUCUGUAAUGCCAUUUUUUUGGAAAAUGCGAAAAUGUCAUAUUCUUCGGUAAAAUUUUUUUGGCAUUACAGAAUUUUUUAUUUUUUGUAAAAUGAAAGUUUUUAGCGGUGCAAUACAGCAUGCAAAAUUUGAACAUAGGUCACCAAACAAAAUAAAGAGAUAUAGCGCAUUGUUUUUCUAAAAUGGAAAAUUCUAAUGACGUCAGCAAUUGACAUAAAACGCUAUAUAGAACACGCGAAAUGACGUGAGAUGGCGCGAGCAGCUGCUUACGUCAGGUCAUUUUGGAAGUUCUGUCAUUUUGUUAAUCAGUUUCCGCGACCUGCGCGUAAAAAUGGUCACCCGGUUUUGAGUUCGCGAUUCUUGAGCAGGGUUUUCGUGAUAACUAUAUCGAGCCACCUUAAGACUUAAAAGAUGAAUUACCGUUCAGUUUUUCUUGCUACAACCGUUCUGAUAGGAGAAAAAUCGUCCACAAGUUGUUGGAUUGCCCGUCAUUUGGAUGAAAAGUCACGUGAUUGCAAACAAAAAAUUAGCAUUUUCCCGCCAUUUUGGGGGUACUCGCUCUCCCACGUUUGAGAGUCUCCGCACCACGAGAUACAACUUUUUAGUAUUAUAGUUGUUUGUAUAAUGGUAAAUUUACAGUUACAACUUUUAAAAGUCGCUUUUCACGUUGUUUGAAUUGUCUAGAAUAUUUCACGAAGGCAGACAGUACUCCAAAAAUGACGGAUUUUGGCCUUCGCGAGAAAGGCUAAUUGGUAUUAGUAAUCUGCAGAAAGCAUUUUUAAAUUAAUUUUCGUUGUGUAGAUGUUGGUACUUUUUUAAAAAAUACUUUGCAGUUUAUGUGUAAGUGUAAUAAAUAAUGAAAUCUCUAAACGCAGAGGAAAUAGAGAAAAGUAAAUUUCUGCCACGACAAGAAAAAUGCUGCAGAAUUAGAGAAAAUUGCCGUAGAGAGCCGCUGCAAUCUGCAUUGAUGUGAAGAGGUUUUAGGGAAAUCCAGUGCAUGAAUAAAUGAACAUUUCUCGGAAAAAAUUUUUCUUCAUCACUAAAUGAAUGGGAUCAAUGCAAAAAUUAAACUUUUUGUUUGUCUGAAAACCUGAGCCAUAGGUCGCUGUACGACCUUACAGUGGAGGCUACUCUGAGCAGUAUAUUGAGUAAAACCACUGGGUUUUACGAGAGCCACUGGGUUAUCAGUAUCUCAAUACUGUCAUGUGUCACCCUCAUUAAAUAGAGUACCUUACCUCACCUCACCUUACCUUACCUUACAGUGAAGGAAAUAGUGGGUAAUGAUUCUAACGCAGCCUUGUGUGCAGCAUGGAACUAUAACGAUUCAAAGAAAUAUCGAAUAUUAGCAUAUACUGUGGAGGUGCAUAGUGCUUUUCGUGCAAUUUGAUUGGUUGCUCAUCUCCGCAUUUCCUUGUAUAACAUUUGCAUAUCGAUAUGAGAAAAACAGAUAAUUUAAAAUUAAUUUUGGUAAAGAUUAGCUAAAAUGACAAGUGUAAUGCAAGUGCCUGAAUCUAAAUAUUUUGUGAUUAUUAGCUGGUAGGGAUGCAACUACCUGAAAAGUAUAAGGAGAGAUUAUAUUUUCCAGGUAGUUGCAUUCCUAUCAAUGAAAUCUUGUUCAUAUUAUUGGCACUACCUUCACUGGCACAGACAGUUCUUGUAUCCUCCUACAUGCCUGGAUAUAUGGCACCAUUAUUGACGACUUUUUCAAUUGACUUUCUUAACAUGUCUUGGAUGUACAUAACAUAAUUCUUAUUCUUUAGGUUCAACUAUAGAGCUACCCAUCACUUAGUGUCUCAUGGAUACUAUAAUUUUCUCAAUUGGUUUGAUGAAAGAGCCUGGUAUCCACUUGGCAGGAUUGUUGGUGGCACAGUGAGUUGAAAGCAUGAUAUAAUCUUCCGGAAAGUGAGUCACUUUGGCCGUAAAACCUCGUUUGGGUGUAUGUUGCAUUAGUUAAAUCCCAAUAUCUCAAUCACGAAAACGAGGCUCUAUAGCAAAGGUGACGUACUUUCCAAAAGGGUGUAUUAAAGGGGCAAUGUCACCGAUUUUUGACCUAAAAUACCGUUUAUUCAAACACUGAACUACAAAGUUAAAAAUAAACAUUGUAAAUGGAUUAAAUUAUGAUAUACGAGUCAUAUUAAACAACUUUGAACUUCCACGAAACAUGUAAUAUGACAUUUUCAUAAAAAUUGACUAAAACUUGAAAAAGUGUCUGCCAACAAUUAAUCAAGAUGCCAUUCACAAUCCAUCUCAAUCCUGGCGUAAUCUUGCCCAUCCAGACUUCUGUACAUGUUUUUUGUGUCUGUUAUUGCUUUAUUUUGUGCUUACACUCAUUCUUUUUCAGUUUUGGGCAAAAUUUGCGAGGGUUGGAAUUGCCCAAAAAUCGGUGACAUAUAUUGCCCCUUUAAAGCUGGUUUUCCAUUGGGAAGAAUUCUGUGCGCCAAGUGGAAUUUUUCUUUAUCUUGUGAUUUCUCGGGUGGAACCAUUGAAAUGAAUAUAACUGGAACGCUACCUUCAGAUAAACUGUCUAUCUUUUUCUUGAAGCCAAAUUUGGCCUCCAGACACGCGUCUGGAUGUAAGAUCACACGUGUUUAUGAAAUGAUUGACUGAUUAAACGCUCUCCAUUUGCAUGAUAAGACUGAGAAAUUUGGCUUCAAAUUUCCGGUUGGAGGUAGCGUUCCAGUUAUAUUCAUUUCAAUGGGUGGAACUAAUUGAGCCAGUUUUCCAUUUUUGUGUGCGAUUUUGCGGGUGGAGCUGAAUUCUUCUUUGUCUGUGAUUUCUUGGGUGGAACUAAUUAGAAUUCUGCUCCGCGCGCAAAAUUCCGUCAAGUGGAAAACCAGCUUAACAAUUAUGUGUCACACUGUAAAUUUGAAGGAGUUGAAUCCAAAAGUGUUACCCUGUCACGGUGUCACCUCAGUUUUUGGGGUGCGAAUUAUUAUACAGUGAUUGUCCAUUAACGAGACAAUUGGAAAUUACAGUUAUAACAAUUGGCCCCAUUCUGAUCCCAAUUCUGAUUGUUAAAACCAAAAUUAGUCCAAUGACGUCGUUCAUUUUGCACGUAAAUUGGUAUAGAACAACUUGAAAUAGCUUCUUUGGCCAAAUAUUAGUAAAAUAAUAAGAAAUAACACGAUUUCUUCGCAUGUCAAACUCGCAACCUCUAAAGAGUUUGAUUUCCGUAAUAAUUGGUUGUGUACAAUCAACAGUGUAGUAAAGGAAUUUUUUGCCAUUUAGAUUGUCUACCGAUAUCACAAUAAUCGCCCCAUUCCGAUUAUCGGUCAGUCACUUAUAUAUUGGAAUAUAAUUUGCUUCAGUUGUUUGAGAAUUCCAAGUCCAAAAUAUAUUUGUGUUUGACGUUUAAGUAUUUCUUUAUUUGACGCUUGUUAAAAUGUUACUACAGUUAAAAUAAACUGUGAUAUUUUGGUCAAUUUACCUUACGAAAAAUGAUACAGUUUCACCUGGAACUUUUUGAAGUAGUUGGAUGCAUGCAUUGAGUUAUUAUUUAUAUGUAGCUAUAGUUUAACAUUGAGUGAAAUGUGAAAACAGUAUUUACCAUAUUUCUUUCAGGUAUUUCCUGGUUUGAUGGUUACCUCUGCUGCUCUUCAUCGAUUCCUCAAUAUGUUAAACAUCACAGUACAUAUCCGAGAUGUCUGUGUAUUCUUGGCACCAAUGUUCAGGUUUGAAAUAUGACAUCCAUUUGAUUCCUCUAAAAGGGGAGUCUACAGUACUUUUGAUAAUAGUAAACUGUACUAUAGGACGUCUGAAGGGAAGAAGGGAGUUUCCUCCGUAGAGGAGGUGCGGAUGUUUUCUGAAAUAACUCAUGAAUUUCAUUUUAUUUCAGUGGAAUGACUGCAAUAGCAACAUAUUUUCUAACAAAAGAACUAUGGAAUUCUCGAGCUGGCCUCUUUGCUGCAUGUUUCAUUGCCAUUGGUACUUGUUUGUGUUUUUAUUUUUGCAUUGCAAUGCAUGUAUAUGGAAGAGUUAAUUUAUGGGUAAUACCUUAGUCAACCUAGCGUUAUUUGGCCUGUUAAAAGUACUUGAUAUUUUUUUUCAGCUCCUGGUUAUAUAUCUCGUUCUGUGGCGGGGUCGUAUGAUAAUGAAGGAAUAGCAAUAUUUGCUUUACAAUUUACUUACUUUUUAUGGGUAAGAAUGCUUGUCCUACAGUGUAUUAGGAAUAUGCUGAUUGUGCAUGCUUAGGUUAUUUGCCUUAUUGUGCUUAAGUUAUUUGUCCUACUUGUAGACCGGUAGUUUUGUAUAGAAUGUGUGAGGGCAUGAGCACUGCAUAUACAAAUGUCAUUGCUAAAGCAUUAAAACAUUAUCGUGUUAUAACAUAAGACCUAAACCUGCCUAACUAUGUGAGAUAUCACCUUGCACUGGAUAGCUGCUUUAAACUCGUGCUAUGAGUUUUUUUAUCCUGAUGAUGACUGAAAUAUAAUUGUGUAUAGAGUGUAUAUAUACAGUAUAUAUGAGCUAUAUUAAUUUUCUAGAUAAAAUCUGUUAAGACGGGAUCCAUAUUCUGGUCAGCAUCAGCAGCUCUUGCAUAUUUCUACAUGGUAAACAAUGAAGUGUUCAAUAACUGAUAUUUGUUUUAUUCUCAUGCAUUCACUCAGUCUACAUGUUCAUUUCUUUAGGUUUCUGCUUGGGGUGGCUAUGUUUUUAUAAUAAAUCUUAUUCCUCUACAUGUGUUCUUCCUUAUUUUUAUGGGACGCUUUUCAAACCGUAUUUAUGUAGGUAAGGAACCGUGCAAUCUAUGAUUACCUAAUACAGCUGACUUUUUUCCAUUCAUACAUUCCUCCAAUUGGAUAGAAGUCUUUCUGGGUGUUGGUUGCAAUGUGGUCAGUGCUUGUGUAUUUCACCUCUACCACCGCGCUUGGAUGCUUGUAAUAUUCAGGGGCCGCUUGUACUUAGGCCUGUUUUAUACGUCGAAUUUUGGUCGCGUCGAAUGCAAUUGAAAGAAUAGAUAAUGAGAUGAUAAACCUCAUUAAGCUUCAUUAUCUAUUGUUUGAAUUGCGACGCGACCGAAAUUCGACGUAUAAAACAGGCCUAAGACCGGAUAGCGAGCUAUCCACUGGAUAAUGAUUUUUCAAGCUUUUUAAAAUUGCCUGUUAAUUGAUUGGUGUAAACCAGAUUAAACUUGUGUGUUUACAAAGUCUUUUGUUUUAUUUUAAGUGCGAAGUCUAUAUCCGUGGUUUCACAGCUUUCAGGCAUUUUUAAAAAGGUUGCAUGAUGGUGCUAUCCGGCCUUCAUAUACAACCGACCCCUGUUGUCUGAUAACUAGUCAGAGGACUAGAACAAGGAUGUUAGCUUCUACUAAGAACCACAGGAUUUCUCUUGGUACCUUGAUUCUUUCUGUAGUAACACCGAAACUCUAGGGAGAACAAUUUGUAACUGAUGGAGCGUUAUCCAGUGUAAAUAUUAUAAAAAUGUUCUGUUUUGAACUAAACAGAAAAUCUUACAUUCACCAGCAUUACGUAUUGUCAAAAUUUCUCGAGAUUUAUAUAUUUUUAUUUUAUAGCUUAUUCAACAUUCUUUAUAAUGGGACUUAUUUUGUCAAUGCAAGUGCCGUUUGUGGGUUUCCAACCAAUCAGAACAAGUGAACAUAUGGCUUCUGCUGGUAUGAAACUCUUUAUUUCACUUCAAUUUUGAACAGUUCAUUCUCGCAAAAAUUGUAAUUUCCAACGAUUUGCAGCUGUAAGUGCUCAGCUUCUUAACCUAAAACAACACAUGCUCAGCAAAAUGGAAACAGUUUUUUGGACAUGGAAUUAUGGGAUAUUGCCACUGAUCUAAAAAGACAACUGAAUAACAAACCCAUUAUUAACUGGCGCAAAUGAAGCUAGCAUAGAAACAUUGCUAGACAAUAGAAAUCCGCCGUUACUAAGGGCCCAAGUUCGAACUACCCGUGUGCAGGCUAUAACCCCUAGAGAUGCCUGCGGAGGAGGCUAUAGGAUCCAGGGAACUAUCUCUUUUCUCAGAAUUACAACUGCUUUGACAUUUAAACCAUCUUAAGCAAUAGAUGACUAUCACAAUGCGUUAGGAAGGCUAUCAUUUGGUCCCUUAGUUACAAAGUUUUCAUUUUGUCACUGAAGUCGCAUCUUUGACUUGCUAGACCGUCCUUUAGUAAUGACUAAUUAGUACAUGCAGGUACCAUCUCAAUGACCCUUUGUAACAAAAAAUACAUAGCCCAAAAUGUCCAAAUCGUUAUAAAUAGUGUCGUUCAUUUUAAAUGUCACUUUCACAGUGGGCUGUGAAAGAGACUAUAACUACCAAGAUAAAAAGUCGCUAAGCCAAGAUCUUAAUCUCGAAUUCGAAGGCUCAGUGACCAAUGUUACGUGUUCUGUAGGCAUACUUCCAGAAGAGUGUUUUGUUAUGUUAAUCCCGUAGAGUAUUCAACAUUUCAUUAUUUCUCACUCCAGGUGUAUUCGCUCUGCUCCAGGCUUAUGCCUUCCUCAAGUUUCUACAAGAUCAUGCCACGUGGGCAGAAAUACAACAAUUCUUUCACGUUAUGGUGGCGGGUGUUGCGGGUUUAGUUUUCGCUGUUGUUGUUUUGCUCACGUAUUUCGGUAUGUUUACGUUCAUUCACUAUAACACGUAUUUCCCCAAUUUUAUGAAAAAUGUAGCCUACACAGACGUCAAUUAUACCCAAAUUACAAAAUACCGUCCUACACAUGCAAAAGUUUGAUUUUUUGCAUAAAAAUAACAUGCUUGCAUAAAAGCAGUACUUGGGGUGUUUACAUAAACCCUACACGAAGGGUAGUCCUACCAGAAGAUCUGCUUUUCAUCUCGCAGGUACAUGAGAAAAAUAUGCUUCUCACGUGAGAAAAGUACACCGUAUCUGCGUGGUUUCACUUCAGUGUGCACAAUAUAAUGUACUGAGUGCGGGUUUGCGUGCAACAUUCCAAACCUUCCGAGAAAAACAGAGAUUCUGUUUAUAAAAGCACAUUCUGGUAAAUUGAUUGGGGAUUAUUUUGCAAUUUUUCUAAAAAAUGUCGUGGUUGGUAAACCGAUAUACAUGCAUAAGUAUGGUCUAGACUCACUGUUCAGGUGUUUAUAUGGAAGGUAUUUUUUAAGCAAAAACAUCAGAACUCCCGUCAGUGUAGGUCUCUUAAAAGUUGGUAAAAUUCACAAAACCAAUCCGUUCUUACCUAUUAAAAUCCUAUACCAAACUAUUAUAAGCAUUAAUUUUGUAUACUAUGCAGUAAUGUUGGAAUAUUUUUAGGUUAUAUUGCUCCUUGGAGUGGACGGUUUUACUCUUUAUACGACACUGGGUAAUUUAAUUUAUAUUAUUCUAUAAAGGUGUUAACAAUGUGUUGGUAUCAAAACGCAACAAAUGUUACAAAAUGAAACUGUGAAUUUAUUAUCAAUUUUUUUUCUCUAGGUAUGCGAAGAUUCAUAUUCCUAUCAUCGCCUCAGUAUCAGAACAUCAGCCAACCACAUGGGUGUCGUUCUUCUUUGAUCUUCAUAUUCUCGCGUGUAGUUUCCCUGCUGGGCUCUGGUUUGUCGUGAAGAAAAUUAAUGAUGAACGAGUAUUUAGUAAGUUCAGUUUUCAUCUUUAUUUUUACCUGUGCCAGCCAUCGUGGCGGACACUAGCAUGCAGGGGGGGGGGGGUAGGGAAGGUAUGCGAUCACCCCCUUCCCGAGAGUUUUGGUACAAUUCAAGCCUGAUAUCAUUUUAAAGAGCCCACAAUAGGUUUGAGGACUGGAAUUUCAGGAACUAGGUGUUUUGGAAUACCAAGUUCGCAUCCCCAAUGUUUGACAAAGUGUCCGCCACUGCUUCAAAUUUUAGUUUAUGUAAAUUUUAGAUCAUGAGUUGAUUUCUUGUGUAAUGUAGGGGUCUUAUUUUAUUUCGGCUAUCUGCACAUUGUAAACAGGAAACUAGUAGGCACGCGUUGUUCUCGCACCCAUCCCACCCCCGUAAAAAAUUGUCUGAAUCCAACACUGAGAUAUAUAAUUAGUUCGAAAAUUAGUGUUAAUUUAUAGAAUCUAUUUUCCAUUACUUAUAUCUGUAAAAUAUUGAUCUUAACUCUUAAGCUAUCUGUAAAAAUAUUGAUCAUUGGCUAUAUUAAUUGCAGGAAAUGGUAAUUGCCGUAGGGAAACAAGCUAAUUAAUUAUUACAGUUUGUCAAAAUUUAUGUCAAAUAACACAAGUCUUCCCCACAACCCAUUAUCGAUUGUCAAACAAUGGCAUCCACGCGUGAAAUAAUCCGCCAAACAAUUAUUUUUAACGACAAGUUUUUAUCAAUUUUUCUGUCAAUUUGUGGCAAAAAGUUUCUGUUUCUGGUGUGAUUGCACUCCGGUUAUGAUAUAUUAUAUGUUUGUGAUGUUGUCUGAGUGUGUCCACACCAGACUAGCAAACCAAAGAUCGCGGGUUCGAUUCCCAUCACGGUCAAGCAAACUUUUCAGCUUGACACACUCAGAGACAACAUCACAAACAUUGUAUCAAAAUGAUUCCUCUAACAUUACCAUGCAUGUUCCGGGCAACCAAUCUUUACAUCUGUUAUAAAAAGAAUAAAAUCAUGUUCCAAUGUUCAUGGAUCGCAACUAUUUUUUCACGUUUAUUCCCAAUACGGCAUAAAAUAGCAAUUGCAGGAGCUUCACUUUGAUUUUAUAUUUUUAUUACCCAUGCGUAGUAUUGUUAUUGCUUUUUUGCAUUGAUUUUUUUCUUUUUCAACAUACAUCCCAUGCACGCACCCACGUCCCUCGCUUUUACGGCCUGCAAUUAACAAGAUUUACUACAUAAGAAACUCUGCUAAUGUCGUAUCUAUAAGGGACCGGGAUGAAUCGUGCAUGUUAGGAAUUGUUUUUCCUGAUCAUUAAAGAUCGUUGGAAUGAACUUUAUACUGUUUCUGUUAUACUAUCAAACUAUAUAGGUUAAUUUAACUUUGAAAUGUAAUUCUGGAUGUUUAUCAAAGUCGCGUGAUAAGAGCUUUAUUAAACGGGUCAGCCCGGCUACAUAUAUGAACAUGCAGGUCUUAAAUCUGCCCGUGUUUGUAUCGAAUAUAUUAAUUCGCCCAAGGUGGUUGGUUACAUGUAAUAUUUGAAAAACUCGUUGCCUACAGCAAAUUACCCCUCGCAUGCAAACAACUUGACGCAAAUAAUAUAGACUAUUUGUUUAUGCAACUCAGUUCCUGUGUUUUGUUUUUCUUUGAAAUUCAAAGGAAAAGUGGAUUUGAAAUUACUGUAAGGACCAUUUCACUAUAGAAAAGGCCAUUUUACAUUUAUCUUUAUAACUAUAGAUAUACGUUUCAAAUUAGAGAUAGGAACUGCAAUAUUAUGAAAAGACUUUCGAUGUAAAAUUAUCGUGCACUUUCAAAUAGUAGAUAAUUUCAUGUUCCCCAGUAGGCAUAAUAAGUAAGUACUUUUAAUAAGGUUUUUCUUGGCGUUUAUUUUACCAAAUUUCCUGCAUGGGCAUAAGCAAGCAAGUUGUUUUUAUAAACGAUCCCGUACAUUCGUAUAAUAAAUAGUUGAAAUAUCAAAAGUGCGAUAUCAUAACGAGGAGGCUUUGCGUUGUAAAAGUAUCACUAUAAUUAUUGUUUGCUGAUGUAAUUACACAUGCUUAGUAAGUGAUAUUGAAUACUCUAAAUGUUGUGUAUUAUUUUACCAAAUUACCCUGGGCAAGCAAACAAGUUUUUCCCCUCGCACUUCCCACAACAUACAAAGUGCACAAUAGAAAAUGGAUGAAAACAACGCUGUGCGGUGUACUUUUCAAUCAUUUAAUAUAAAAUACUCGUUUCUGCUAUUUCAAGUAGAAAUACAAACUGCAAAGUUAUAAAAAGCCAAAUUGCCAUGCAUGCGCUGCAACACGAAAUAUUAGGCGCAUGCAUGUUCCAAGUAAAACAUAAUAAAUAAGUAAAACAAUUUUCCCUUGAAAUUCAUAAACAAAACUCUCAUUAUUAACAAUCGAUAUUUUGUGUUUAAAAGAUUUUUCGUUGGCAAUUUUUUUUACCAAACAGUUUGUUGUUUUUCUAAAAAAACAUGCAUCCCCCGCACCUCCCACAACGUCUAGAAGUGCACAAUAGAAAAUGGUUGAAAAACAACGCCGUGCGGGGGCAUUAAGCUUUUUAUUUACCGGAUUUUCUCUUUUGUUUGUAAAAGAAUAGCUUUUGUGUUCUUUGUCCAAACGCUUUGCUUCCUACGCGCUGACUUGAGCAUAAAAGCAGCUAGUUUUCACACCACAAGUCAUUCAGUGUCCAGUUUUCAAAGCAACAGUAACGUGAGAAAGAUGUCGGUGGUAGAAACACAAGCUGUCCAAACCAAGCUCUCGGAAUACGAAAUGAUAAAAGUUAAAUUGGAAGAUAAAGAAAAUAUUCCUGAACAUCCAUGCAGUUGCGAGAAACCAAUGUUCCAGUUAUUCAACAACAGUGCUGAGACUGUUUCCAAGAAACGAAAGCGAUCUAAAGCCCCGCCUGGUAAACCACCCUAUUCCUACGUUGCUCUCGUCACCAUGGCAAUACGAAGUUCACCAUACCGUAAGAUGACCUUGGCAGAGAUCUUAAAAUUCAUCUACGAGAACUUUCCUUAUUACAGAACAUGUCCUUUAAAAUGGCGGAAUGCAAUCAGACACAACCUCACACUAAAUGACUGUUUCGUGAAGCUCCCGCGUGACGUCCACGAUCAAAACAGAGGUCACUAUUGGACAGUAGAUUCCUCGAGUGAAAUGAUGUUUGACGAGGGAAAAUAUCGACGCAGAAGGAAAAGAUUUACUCGGCAAGUAAACGUCGACGAAAGUCCACCAUUGUUAGUUGAACAAACUAACAUUCCCAACUACGAAAGAAUACCUGCGCAGUCAACUAUCCCGUAUUGUCCUAGAGUUCCUGUAAUCGCCCCGGGAGCUCCUGUUAUCCAACGACGUGGAUUCACAAUUGACGAGAUCCUAGCUCCUGAACCAACCUUAAUGAACACUGACAUUCCAACAGUUUAUAAUCCAACAACUCACUUUGUGAACUACAGAUUACCGAACAGUUUUAUACCUUAUUAUCCUAAUAUGUACUGGUCUUAUCCAUUUAGCACAUAUUCAGUUGCUAAAAGAACUUUAAGUUUCAGCUCUCAAGAUGAGGACGAUUAUUGACAAUUUUCAUCUAAGAUUCUAUAAAUACUGUAUAUAUUCAUGUAAAAAUAUAUUUAUAUUAAAUUUUGUAUAGUUAGGUGUAAAUAACUUUGUUCAUUAAAUUAUUUAAUGCUAUCUUGAUGUGUUCGCUUAUUCUUGCUCUUUGAUUCUUAUAUCAAACUCAAUCUCUCCAUCAGCCAGUUUUCUACUGGACAAUUUUUUCACGCAAAUCCACUUUUCCCAUAUCGACAAAGGAAAAAGUGGUUUGCGUGAAACAAUUGUCGGCUAGAAAACUAGCUUGAAUAUUAUAAUAUUGAAUAUUAUAAUAGUAUGAGAUAUAACCAAGUAAAAAGUGUUCAUAACCUAAAAUUGUUUUGGCGUAUAGUCUCAAAAUUUAGCUUUAUUUUCUAGUUUAUACAGUUAGCUACCUCUUUAAAAAAUCUGCGGGUUGAGAAACGUAACUAUAAAAAGUAAAAAAUUAUCAAUUAAGAUACAAUUUUCAAAGAUGCUCUAAACUUGACGCCAUAUAUUUAAAGGGUACGGCAAUGUAUAUAUUUUUAUUUAAUUUGAAAGAACUUUUAAAAUUAUAUAUGCAAAUCUCCUAUACAGUUUAUUCACAUCAUGCUUAGUUUUUGAAAUAUUUUCACUUAAAAUAAUUAGCUGUCCGCCAUCUUGGAUAAAUGUUUAUCAUUAUCGGUGAUUUUAAGCUGGAGUUACACGAGCAACAAAAUUGCUGCAACUUGAAACAAAAUCUGAUUUCAACGCAUGUUAAGUAGAAAUGUCGACACAUGUUGCCUUGUGAUUUGUAAUUUAUGUGUAAACAUUUUCAAUUAACAUGCGUUGAAAUCAGAUUUUGUUGCAAGUUGCAGCAAUUUUGUUGCUUUAGUGACGUCAAAAACCCCUGCCCCUUGCUUUUAUUCAUAUAAAACUACAUAUAAAUAACUAAAUAACAGUAUGUCUUGUUUGAAAAUUUGUCAGUCACUUUCUUAUUUGAAAUAGUUACUGAAGUAUGAUUUUUGGCUCAUAAUAACCAAUUGCUCUCUGGAUAAAAUACUUGCGUGACCCUGCUUUUGACAUAGAGAUUAUUGCCCCCCAAUAGUCGCGUUCCCUUUUUUAUAUUGAAUUAAGAUUGCAAUGCCUCCUCUAGUGUUAUUUAUAAUCUCUAUGGCUUUUGACGUAACAUUCCUGUCCGCCAAAAUUCAAGAUGGCGGAAUGCUCGCUGAUUUGUGCUUCUUUCUGUCAAGAUAUCUCAAGAAAUAAUAAAGUUACGCAAAAUCGAUAAAGGAGAUUUACAUAUAAUUUUAAAAGUUCUUCCAAAUGAAAUAAUAAAAAUAUACGUUGCCAUAUCCCUUUAAGCAAUAUAAACAAUAGCGUACCAUUAAAAACCUCUUCAUAUUUUAGCAUUAUUUUACAGAUAAAUACUAACCAUACUUUUCAAGUUCGUUUGCCGAUUGAGAAACGUAUUAAAAAUUAGUCGUGCUGUAUAUACUCACUAGUUUUCAGGCCUUAAAAUAUCGGUCGAUCACGGACAUUGUCCGACCCAUUCGUUAAAUUGUCCGACGUAGAGAGGAAACCACCGGACAUUCUGUCCGACCAAAGUGAAACUGAGGUUUAUUGUUUGUCCGACCUAAGUGUGUUGGUGUCCAACCGAACUGUAGCUUUGUCCAACGUAAAUUAAAAUAAACAAAAAACAAAAAGUUUCCUCUUAAGCCUGGUUUCCAUAUAGUCAUAAGUUCGUAACUGUCGCGAACGUGUCGUGAAGUGUUUGCCAUAAAUUAUUUUUAUGCUUGUUUCCAUAUCGUUGUAACUGUUGUGCACUGUUGCAAGUUGAUUUCGUACCCAGGGAUCGUACAAGCAGCUGGCGGCUGUUUUAAAAUGACAAACACGUUCCCCCAAAGGGGGACACUGGUAACUGUCGUGAACUGUUGCCAGCGUGUCGCGACAAGACUUUUCUUCAUGUUUCCACGUUCGCGGCAGUUACGACCAUAUGGAAACCAGGCUUUAGCACAACACUUUAAAGAGAUCUUUUGUAGUUUUUGUGUGGAUCAAAAAAUAAUCGCAGUGUUUACAGUGUUUCCCCCCAAGGGAAAGCUUAUUAAAAGGGGAUGAGGGGCUUGAUAGAAGAUUCACUGCUUAACCGAAUUUCAUUUCUUGUGUAGUUGUGUUGUACGCUGUAACUGCCUCGUAUUUUGCUGGAGUCAUGGUGCGUCUUAUGCUGACUCUAACACCAGUAGUAUGUGUCUUGGCCUCGAUUGCCUUCUCAGUGACUCUGGAUAACUACAUUCAUGUUGAUGCUAUACCUAUUGAAGAAGGAGAGGAAGAAGAAAGAGAAGAUGAGGAAGAACAGAAAGAAACAAAUUAUGACAAGAAAAAGGUGGGAUUUGGAAUUUCAUAUUAGAAAUAUGAUGCUACCACACUGGGCAAGAUCGAACCCGCACCCUGCGGUUUGUUAGUCCAACACUCUACCAACUGAGCUGCGAAAUUAGGUCGUUCUAGUUGGACUAGCAGACCAGAGGUCACGGCUUCGAUUCUCGCAGCAGUCAAGCACUUUUUCAGUUUGCCCAAUUUGGGCCACUCGGUAACACAAAAUAUGCUAGACUGUCAGUUGCAUGCAAGCAAAUGUUUAUAGGGCGUGCCGGCUAACCUGUAGUUUGUCAGGAUUUACAACGCAUAAAUUACGCAAUGAGUAGGAUUUGGAAUGUGCACGAAGGCUACUAGUAUUUCAUUGGAAUGAUUUCACGUACGAGAGCCAAUGUUUUUUUUCCAGAGCAGAGUAGCUAUGUCCCCUGCAAUCUACAAUCAUGGCAAAAUGUCAGUGGACACAGGUGUAAACUAAAUUAUUACUGUUCACAUACAUAUGUAGGCGUCUUUGUCUCCACCCCUCCCCUCUACAAUGUUGGUUUUGACAUGCAUUUCACAAAGCUUUCACCUAACCAAUUUAUAAACUGUCAACAUUGAACCGGGGGAGGCAACUGAAUAACAUUCCGCCAAUCCUUGAAUCAACCAUUGUCAGUUCUCAAUCCAGGAUUCUAUACAGAUCUUUAGGUUUACUUAAUUUGGAAGCACCCGUUAUUAUCAGGGGUGGGGGGAAUACAUCAGCAUGUCGAUUCAAACGUUUUGCCAAGACCAGAUCUGAGAUUAAAGUCACUACGAUAGACGUUUUUAGGAGUUUGGAUUUCCAGAAAAAAAUUUAUUUAUAUUAUUUGUCCAUAACAUUGGACGGUUCGUACUCCCUAGAGUACGGAGGCUGGAUAGCGCUUUACACCCGGACAGUGCGAAUUUUUUCAACCUUCGUGAAAAUGCUUGGUUAUAUCAAUCAACAGACAAUUUUAGAAAGCUUCUGAAAAAAUCAUUAUUCAGUGGAUAGCUCCAUCCGGCCUUCGUACAACCCCCUGUUAUAUAUACCCUUAUAAUUUUUAAGGACAAUUCAGUAGCAGGCCGUGUUAUGUACGUAUUUCAUUUUAGGCAUCCAAAUCGAAAGGAGCAAUAAAACCGGCAAAGAAAAGAGAACGUCAAUUAUCUCAAUCUGGUACGUCAUCAAGAACUUCAGAGGAAAAGGAAACUGAACCCACUACAGCUGCUGCGUCUGCAACAAACCUUGGUGGAAUCGUAGUCAUGUGUAUGUUGAUGGUACUGAUGUUAUAUGCCGUUCAUUGCACGUGGGUCACCAGUAAUGCAUAUUCCAGUCCUUCUGUUGUCUUGGCCUCGACAAACUAUGAUGGGUAAGCCAGUUAUGACAUUCAAACCAGAUAACUUUUCCGAACAGUGAUAUUCAUUGGCUCCAUUCAACAAUCGCUUUCGUGUCCAGGACAUUGAAAUUUCUUCGCUCUUUAGAAAUUCUCCGUCCAAGUAGAGGAGGUCUUUUGAACAGUUGCGUAUAUUAAAACCCAUUAAACGUAGGAAUGUAUUCAUAAUCUAAAAUCUCCUGGCAUCAAUAAUAGGCAAUUCAAAACUGAUUUACAAACUUACUACCUGAAAGCCCUGAGAGAAUGCUUCAACGAAGAAGAUCCGAGGACAUGGAAGACUAUAUGUCUGAAGUUUAACACUAUAGUCGUCACUUACGUUCUAAACUAACUUGUUGUUUUUAGUCUCCUGUCCAUGUAUGUUAUCAUAAUUGUGUGUAUUUUUGUAUAAAGGGCCCAUAGUUUACACUGUUGUGGUAUCCCUGCCACUCUUGCCCAUGUUCAUUGUCUAGAUGUCUAUUUGUUGUUCUGUUACGUGUGUCGCAGGGAGCUCUCUCUGUAUGUAUACAUGAAGUAAUUAUCUUCAGGUCGGCCUAUGAGAAAGGCGAAGCCAAGAUGGCAGAACUUGAUGCAUCCAGUGCCGAUCGUUAAACUAUAAUAAUAUAAUAAUCUUGGUGCUGCUGUAAGGGACUGGACGUCAAUUUCCGCAGCCGUGCGAUGUUGCAGACAUUGCGAAUUCAUUGAAGCAAAUAUUCUGUGAUAAAAGUACAAAGCCCAUAGAUAUCUUAUAUACACUAGAUAGUGCAUCUAAUUAUUCUGCAAUUCAAAAAUUGAAGCCGUGAUUGGAUUGAAGUCUCAGGUCGUUUCCAUGAAAUGAGAAGAUUCGUAUGUUUUCUAUUCCUUAAACAGGGAACUUAAACAUUAAGUUAACCCUAUUCCAAGUACGUUUUUAAACUAUUCAAAUGAUGAAAGUUAUUGUUGUUUUUAUACUAAAACUGUCUGUACCAGUGUAGGUAGUACCAAUGAGAAAAUGCUGUGCUGAGUGGUUAUAUUACUACCUUAGAAAACAAGCAGAAACUCGACGUUUCGAGCGAAGGCCCUUCGUCAAGAGUUAGUAGCGGGUAGUAGUUUGGGCUACUAACUCUUGACGAAGGGCCUUCGCUCGAAACGUCGAGUUAUUGUUGUUUUUAAGCGUUUAUUAGCAAGUGGGAACGACCAAUAUGGCCGCCAUCUAUUCAAAUGGGGGUAACCGCUGGAAUAUUCUUGGCUUCAAUUUUAAUAAAAGAAAUGCGCUAUCUAGUGUAUAUAAGAUAUCUAUGACAAAGCCUCAUACUGUAUGCGACACAUGCUGUAUGCAAUUGUUUUUUUCGCACUUGGAAUUUGUAGAUUUGUUGUUUUAAAUUUCACCUUCAAAGAUCGUGAUCAUAUCACAUAUGUGAUGCAUUGGUAAUGUUCUCUUUUUCUACAGGAGUCGAAAUAUUCUGGAUGAUUUUAGAGAGGCUUACUUUUGGUUACGCCAAAACACACCAGAUGAUGCGAGGUAAGAGGUAUUCAAUGAUGUACUCAAUACCGAUUUUGUUUUCAUCUUUUUAUCGAGUGAGAAACGCAAUGAGAAAGGAAUUUUUGUACUGUCAUCCCACGCUACAGUUUCAGCUCAUAUAAACAUGAAUUUUGUACAUUUUAUUCAGAGUGAUGUCGUGGUGGGAUUAUGGAUAUCAGAUUGCUGGGAUGGCCAAUAGAACAACACUUGUGGAUAACAACACAUGGAACAACAGUCAUAUUGCCAUGGUAAAUGUUUAAUGUAAUGUUUGCACUGGUAAGGGAAAUGGGGAAAAAACUUGGGAAAUGUGGAAGAGGGUUAUUUGUCUUCUUUUGGAGAUGUGAGAGAAGAAAAGUUGGAAGGUCAGCUUCGUCCCCUCCCGCUACAUGCGCUGUGGUGAAUAGAACCGAUUACGUUGUACUCUAGCUUUUUCUCUCAUUUGACCGAUUUUCAGUUACAGUAGGUAUGAGUCAACAAGGUUUUGCUGUUUGUGCAUGGCAGCAUGAGAGUUAAUUUGAUCAAGUAUACCGAAAUACGGUAUGCAUUGGUAACAACUAUGGUAACAAGUAUAGUUAACGACUUCUCAGUAUAUAUAUUUUUCAAUCUGAAGGUUGGUAAAGCAAUGUCAUCAAAUGAAACGGCAGCUUAUAAAAUAAUGCGUUCACUGGACGUGGAUUAUGUCUUGGUCAUAUUUGGUGGGGUAAUUGGUUACUCUGGUGAUGAUAUUAAUAAAUUUCUCUGGAUGGUCAGGAUUGCAGAGGGAGAACAUCCGAAAGAUAUAAAGGUAUAUGUUAUGUAUAUAGAUCAUAAUAACCUGUCAGACUUGAGAAGUUCUGACAAUAGUAAGUUUAAUUGACUAAUAUAUUAGAGUGCCGCCAUUCUGUAGUUUCUAAGAAUGAAACAUGUUUUCCAUUAUGUCUUCUUGCAAAUAUAAUGUACUUGGCUAAAACUAAGUGGCAGGCUAUUAGACGUCCGGUUUAUAUUAUCCCGGUUUUUACAGCACUAUGCGAGUGAAAACUAAUACACACUAAUGCACUAGUCCAUUGCAAACUAUUUUCAUAGUAAAAACGUGCUACUUAUUAAUAUUUUAUCAACUGAGUUUAUUUGGGAAUUCUACUCGCAUCACCUCCCCAGCAUGUAAUCAACUACAAAAUGUGUGCACUAUUCAGCUUUAUCUUAGCAUGUGUAACUCCGGCAUUAAAUUGCGAUCAUGAUUUGUCCAUACUAUAAUAAUCAAUAUUCUGUAGUUUUAUACUUUAUAUGUUCUAUUUAUAGGAAUCUGAUUAUUUUACUCCAAAUGGUGAAUUCCGUGUUGAUGCAGCUGGUUCACAGACCCUACUUAACUGUUUGAUGUACAAGUUGUGUUAUCAUAGAUUUGGCGACUUGCAGGUGAUAAAACUAUCCUUCAGUGCAGCCCAGACCUUCUAUUUUUAUUCUUAUUUUAUACUUACCAAAUGCUAGCCCGAAAUUGACCAAACCUGCCAAAGCCAGCCGAGUAAAGGCCUAGGUCUAGGCUGCCUUCAGUGUGUCGCGUAGCCUGCAUGGCAAACGGUCCACCCGCGAUAAUGUCUUUUAUAUUCAAAAUUAUAUUUCGGUCACUAUUUCAAAUAACAAAUGGUUGCAAUAUUUUAAGCAUCAACAGCUUACUGUUUUCAUUGAAAAUAUUUCACAAACUAUAAGCAAGAUAUGAAAAAUCGGUAAAGGGAUUUUAUAUAUAAUUUUAAAAGUUCAAUCAAAUGAGACAGACUUAAUUUUUGUUGCCAUAUCCCUUUAUCAAUGUUUUUAUUCCAGUUGGACUUCAGGACACCUUCAGGUUUUGAUCGCACACGAAAUGUUGAAAUUGGAAACAAGAAUGUCAAACUCACCUACUUAGACGAAGUCUUUACGACUGAACAUUGGCUUGUACGAAUUUACAAGUAAGUUUCAGUAAUAAUCAUAUAGAGGGCAAAAUUACUCAAAUAUGUAUAUGAUUGGCUAAUGAGGAGGCAAUUCUUAAUUUAGGGCAAAAUUACUU